CCAGCAAGCUUUGAAGUCUCGAAAAAAGACGGAACAAUCCCAAGCCCUAGCCGGCUCACCCGUGCCAUCCUUCGCUGGUGCCGCUCUCCCUAGACUCCAUCUACCCGUCUGCCGUCCCCUACUUCCAACCUAUUUUACGUACCAGAAAAUCACCGACGACGCAUUGAACGCGACCUGGUCUCGGCCACCCCCUUCUCCUUCUCCACACACACAUACACAUACACACAUGUCACCAUCCCCGUACCCAUCCCGCACUCCACUGCUAACCCUCGACAUGUGCCCCUGUGCUCUACGCCAAGAUGGUCGUUCCCGUAGUUAGCGAGCGAGGUCCAGCCGCUGACGUCCGUCUUUUUCACUCGGGUGGGGUGGUCUGGGGUUCUUGUUCGUACCGGGGUCAAUGGUCAGGUUUUUCUUGUAUCCAUCUCCCGUUUCUUUGUUUGUAGCUGUGAAGCUAUGGGGACCGGCAAACCCGAUGGGGAAAGGGCUGGCGUCUUUCACUAGCUAACACUGUUUGCCGGCGACCUUGGUAUAUAAUCAUCACUGGACAUGUCCGCACUGUGUCUGCCUGCUUACUCCCUUUUCUCUUACCUCCUAGCCUUGCCCUGUGAAUUGAAUCCGGGAAGCUUCAAUCAACUUGUUAUCCAUCAACCAUGAGGGCAUCGCGUGCGUUGUGGCUGCUCAGUGGGGUGCUGCCAUGGGCUGCCGCUCUAUACGAGAACGGGUCGGUGGUCGCGCCUUGCGAUUCGCCUAUUUACUGCUACGGGGAUUUGUUGCGCGAAAUUGAGCUUGCGAGGCCGUUUGCGGAUUCCAAGACCUUCGUGGAUCUACCUACCACACGACCUCUAGACGAAGUCCUAGCUGCGUUCGAUGAGCUAGAGAAGCCGAUUCAAAAUAACACUGCGUUGCAUGAUUUCUUGUCCGAUUACUUUGGACAAGCUGGCAGCGAGCUCGAGGCCGUUCCUACAGACCAAUUGAGGACUCAACCUGAUUUCCUCGACGCUGUCAACAGCACUGAAGUUGCCGACUUCGUGAAAGAGGUCAUUGAUAUAUGGCCCGAUCUUACGAGGAGAUAUGCUGGGGCUGGCAAUUGCUCAGACUGCGUCAAUUCCUUCAUUCCUGUGAGCCGGACCUUCGUUGUGGCUGGCGGGCGUUUCCGCGAACCUUAUUACUGGGAUUCGUUUUGGAUCAUAGAAGGCUUGCUGAGGACAAAAGGGUCCUUUACUCAAAUCGCCGAGAACAUCAUUGAGAAUUUCUUGGAUUUCGUUCAAGACUUCGGAUUCGUGCCGAAUGGGGCCAGGAGGUACUACCUGAAUCGGUCCCAGCCUCCGCUUCUCACCCAGAUGGUGAGGGUGUACGUCGAGUAUACGCAGAACUAUACGCUCCUGGAGCGAGCCUUACCAUUGCUCAAAGCUGAGUACGAUUUUUGGGUCAAGAACCGAACCGUGACGUUGGAGCGAGGUGGCAAGAACUAUACUCUUAACCACUACGCCGUCUCCAAUACCCAGCCCCGUCCGGAAUCCUACUACGAAGACUACGUAACAGCAAACAACCAAUCCUACUACAACGAAGCUGGCGAAAUCUUCAACGCCACCGAUCCUCUCACCGAAGCCCAAAUCGAAACCCUCUAUUCCAACCUCGCCUCCGGCGCCGAAAGCGGCUGGGACUAUACAUCCCGCUGGCUUGCGAACCCAAACGAUGCCGUCACAGAUACCUUCUUCCCUCUCCGCUCCCUCAACACCGCAAAUAUCCUCCCCAUCGACCUCAACUCCAUCCUCUACUACAACGAAAUCACCCUCGCCGCCUUCCACACGCGCACGGGCAACGCGUCUGCUGCACAAGCAUGGUCCGCCCGCGCAACAGCCCGCAGCGAAGCCAUGUACGCACUCCUUUGGGAUCAGGAACAUUACAGCUACUUCGACUACAACCUUACGUCCGGCGCGAAGAACAUCUAUGUCGUAGCUGAUAACUCGUCUGUCCCGGCCGACCUCUCAGGCGCGCCAGAAGGCCAUCAAGUCGCUUUCUCUCCCGCACAAUUCUAUCCCUUUUGGACCGGUGCUGCGCCUGCUGCACUAAAGGCCGACCCCUCAGCUGUCAAGCGUGUUUAUGGACGUGUGGAAGCGUUGUUGGACGAUCGUGCUGGCGCCAUCGCAGCGUCGAAUUUGAAGACGGGACAGCAGUGGGAUGAGCCUAAUGUCUGGCCGCCGCUGGAGUACAUCAUUAUCCAAGGGCUAUUGAAUGUUCCUGUUUCCUCCUCCUCAUCUUCAGCAACAAACGCAGAAACCGACUACGUCCAAACCCAAUCCCUCGCCCUCAAAUUCGCGCAACGCUAUCUAGAUUCUACAUUCUGUACCUGGCAAGCCACCGCCGCCAUCGCCGCCUCCACCAACUCCACAGAAGGAGGGAAAAGUGGGGGCAUCAUGUUCGAGAAAUACAGCGAUACCAGCAUAGAUGCCGCAGGCGGUGGUGGCGAGUACGAAGUCGUCGAGGGCUUUGGAUGGAGCAAUGGUGUGUUGAUUUGGAUUGCGGAUGUCUUUGGCGAGAGGCUGAAGACGCCUAGUUGUAGCGAUGGGGAGAGCAAGGGAGCGGGCAAGAGGAGAAAGCGGAGCGCGGUGGAGAUUGACGCGUGGGAUGGGAAGUGGGUUAAGAGGUUUGCUUCGUAAAAGAAGCGUCUAAUAUGGUGAGGAUAGGAAAGGUGAUUCCAGAUACAGGAGAUGAAAAGGGAAAGCUGUAAUAAUUGUCAUGAUCGUUUAAUUAAAUAACGAGGUUAUCUUUUAUCCUUCGUCUUUCUGGUAUAUGAGAUACGUACUCUUACACACUCCGCUCUUCCCCAUCUCACCUCCCCUUCCCCCCUCACUUUGCAUUCCCCAACUCCCCAAUCCCCCAUCACCCUCUACGCAGCCAGUCAUAGAGAAUCACGUUCUCCGCUUGCUUCCAGCCCCAGCCAGCCUUCAAUCCCCCUAGUCACAUCAUAGCUGCGUUAAGUCUACUCACGUUCGACAAGUACAGUAUGCAACAGCUGUUGAUCAACGAGAAAUUAUCGAGGACCCCACUCUCCUGGAGCUGUCUAGAAUAAUGGGGGGCUGUGUUGAGCGAUAGACAGACAGAUGAACCAACGAACAGGGCUUAUACCCUUCCGUAUGUUGACGCGUGCACAGUGUACUAUCCAACAUCUGCAACUCCUCUACACUCAAGUAGCCAAAGUAGUAAACAGAAGCCAAAAAUAAGAUAUAGAAUCUCACUAC